GGCGGCUGUCACUACUCAAUCCCGCACUUCUACAAACCUACCAACGUAAACCACUUAGCUAGGUACCCAGAAACCCGCAUACAACGAGGAUGAAACUAGUUGACCAUCUGGCUAUCGUUCCAGUCAGCUUGCUCGAGAUGGAGAUGAGCAAUAUCUCUUACCCACAUCUCUCCAAAACGGCCUCCCUCGUCCCGAUUCCUAUACCGUCCGACGCUAUCCAUAAAGAUCCAGGUCUCCCCCGUAUAGCUAUGGUCCAUGGAUAUAGUUGCUAGUGUCAAGUCUGUGCUCCUUCUAGACCAUCCGUUGGCUUUCACCGACUCUUUUAACCCCGUAGCACCCUUCCACGCCCGUUCUUCCUUCUUGCCCAUUCCUGCCCAACGAAGAUCCUAGUAUAUUUAGGUUCAAAUCGUUGUAAGGAUGAUUAGUCCGUCCCAACUCACGCCCGGGGCUCACGACGCCGCCGUCGCGGCUGGCAACCCGCUGUUCCGGAUGCUGAGCUCGCUGUGGGGGCUGUUCUCCCCGAAGCGCAUCCGGCUCGAAGAUGACCUGGCAGCGGCGCCGGACAGGCUGGCCUCUCUCGUCAAGCCCAUCUGCACAGAUAUGCUGAAGGAGCUGAGAUAUCCUGGCGUCCCGCAGAUCAAGGAGGAAUCGGUAGAAGCGCUCUUGCAAUACAUGUACAAGAGAGCCGUCGAAAUCGGCUACCCUCUCGACACCCCCAUCUCCGCAAAGGCGUUCCGCCUGGGCCACUCGCUCGGACUGCUCUGUCAUCCUAACCACCCGACAGAAGUGCAGGGUUACGUUGGACUCUUCACGUGGCUCGUCGUGCAGUACGAUGACAUUGUCGGCCAGAACGACGAGAUGGCCGAGGCCCAGCUCUUCCAGGAGCGUUUCUUCAAAGGCGAGACGCAGCCGAAUGCCAUGCUGGAGGGCUUGGCGACCCUGAUGCGAGAGGCUCCUCGCUUGUUCGACCCUGUCAUGGCCAACCUGCUGCAAAUAUCUACCCUCAAGUUCUUGACGUGCAACCUGCUGGAGCGCCACAAAGGCUUCAUUAACAUGAGAAUCACGCGAGCCGGGGUCAAGUUCCCCGACUUUGUCAGGGACUUAUCGGGCAUCAACGUAGCCUUCGCCGUCUUCUGCUUCCCCCAGGCCCAGUACCCCGACGUUGAGCAAUACCUCGAAGCAAUCCCUGACAUGGCCAGGUUUAUUGACAUUUCGAAUGACGUCUUGUCGUUCUACAAGGAGGAGCUCGGCGGUGACACCAGAAACUACGUACACAACCGUGCAAUGGCAACCGGCCGGCCUGUGCUCACCGAACUUGAAGUGAUCAAGAACGAGGUGGUGGAAGCCGCGAACCGAGCCGCCGUGAUCCUCAAGGGACGCGGCCAGUACGAGCAGUCGCUGCACGACAGCGUCCGGGGCCUGUUGGCGAUGCACACGGCCAACCCCAGGUACAAGUUGAAAGACCUUGGGCUGGCCGAGGAGCACCCGCUGGCCCCCUUUGAGGACCAGAUUGGCGAGCUGUUCGACCGAAUGAGGGAAUAAUUUUUAUGAGUUGGGUUGGCGAUUUCCGUGAAGAAGCAAGAGGCAUGAGAUACCCCCUGGGUGGCAUUCUGAUUUUUUUAUGGCAGCACAACUGCUUUUUCUUAUGUCAGGGGUCCUUAUAGUUUGUGUUUAUUGUAUCAACUGGCGUAUGGGUAGUAGAGGCUGGAGAGAGAGAGAGAGAGAGAGAGAGAGAGAGAGAGAGAUCGAAGAGAAAAAAAGAAGAAGAAGAAGAAGAA